CUUACAAAUAAAUCAUUUUGACGGCUUUCCAAACAGUUUUUAUUUUUUACAACACAAACUGUUAGAAACUAGAAGAUUCAAGGAAAACAUUUAGAUCUUUAAUUUAGAUAAGAUAGGAAAAUAUACUUCCAUCCAUGUAUAUAAUUGUUAAUAACAAGAAACAAGUCAGUUCAGUUAAUUCUUAUUAACAUUGUGCAACGGAUCAUGUCGAAUUAUUAUCUGCCUGGCAAAUCUUUAGCUAUCGAAUUAUUUAUCGUUUUGGGAUUACUGAACAUUUGUGGUGGUGUAGUAUUGUUCGGACAAUGUCUCGGCCCUCCGGUAGUUCAAACUUUUGAACCAGGAAAAUUCUUCAGCGGAACCUGGUAUGAAAUCCAGAGCUACGGCAACGAACUUUUUCAAGGAUUUGGAACUUGUUCAGGUUUGGUGUCAAGAGUUACGGAAGAUAAUCAGAUAGCUUUGAAAACAUACAGUUAUCAACCAAUAUUGCAAAAUUAUAUUACUAUUGAUGGUAGGAGUGACACAAAAAGUAUAGUAAAUGGCGUAGCCACUUUACCCAUUAGAUUCGAUAUAUAUGGAGGUUUGCUUAGCAAUAGCUACCAAGCUCAUAUUAUUGACACCGAUUAUGACAAUUUCGCAGUUGCUUAUUUGUGCCAACAACGCUUUUUCAUAAAAAGUGAAAUGGCCUACGUGUUAUCAAGACAACAAAAUUCCCUAAAUAAUCAAUUUUCAACCAGAAUCAAUAACGCAUUGUACGCAAUAGGACUUACCACGUCAAAUUUAUUGAACAGUAUUAAUUCUAACUGUGGAACUGAUCAACCAAUUGUGUAAGCUCACAUUUCAUUUUGACUUUCUAUAAAGACUGUAGAUUAUUAAUAAAUGAUACCGAAAAUUUGA